GAAGACCCAAAUAAGAGACAAUCCAGAGCAGCGGGCACUUGCCGCGACAGGCAGCAUCCAUAAGUUAUGUUAAUCUAUGUUUUUGUGCUGCUCCGUAGUGGAGUCAUUGCGAAAUCCAAAGCAUAGAAGAUCCAGGAGCUGUACUCAGGAACAUAGACUGUAGCCAAUAGCCUGGAGUCCAACACGGUAUCUCCUUUAUGAGUGGCACGAUGGUUGCUUGCAGCGGAGACGCCUUGGUUCGGCAUGAUUGGCCGAGCUUGCGAGGCGUUUGUUUACAGUGGGGGUUCGUUUUUUUUCUCCGUGGGAAAGCGCGUUGUGGAGUUGCGCAUCGUCACCCCGUGGGACUUCAUCGGAUCCAAAUGCACUUCUCAACCGCGCCGAAGGCGUUGCAAAGCUCGGCCAUCCAGUUUGAGGGGAACCCUCAUAGCAAUUGUAGCCUGGUCAUCUGGUGGUUGCACAAGACCUCGGCGUCUAACAAUGAUGACCGGCGUAGUUGUCCAACACCGGUAUCCCCUACUCCCAAAUCUCCUUUUACAACUGACGAGAUACCAAGAGCCUUCCCAAAAGAUGAAAGCAGCCGCUUUCCCCAUCUUUCCCAGCUUCGUGUCCAUUUGAAGCCUUUCUCCCUGAGCCACGAGCAGCAUUCAUAUCCCCUCCAUGUGUCUGUCGUCUCGGCCCAUGAGGUCGAAUAUGCCAAGCCAAUGUGCUCCAAAUUUAACCUUGGACUUGUUCCGCCAAGUUCGCAUCAAGUUCUCAUGUGGUUCCGAUCUCGCCUCGUUUUGACCGAUUCACUACGCCGUCCAUUUCUUCGACACGGUGACACAGGGAGACGUGAUCGAAUGAAGGUCUGCACACCCAAGACGGAAAAAAAAACAAUAACGUAUCUCCUUUCGCCGUCCACCGCACAUCAGGAACGGGCUCGAAGGGACUAACAGCCCGCGGUCCUGUCCUUGCAUAAUAAUUGGGCACGUAUUGUGGGUCUGUCAACAACCACCGAACGGAUAAUUGUCGUGUUUCAUAUGCAUCCAGUCUCCACAGGUCAUACGUACUCUUUCAGUUUCAACUUUAUGGGAGGUUAAAUUUGGAAUGCUUUCCCUUGAGGCUCCAUCCAUGGCACCCUAAUGUCCCCAGUCCCAAUAUUUCGCCUGAGUAACCUGCCAGACCGUCUCCAAGGAUGCAUGCAGCAGGGGAA